AUGGCUAAUAUCAAACAUAUAAAUGAUUUUCUUUGGUUUAAUAUUUUUCAAAAUCGAAUCGUUUCAGGAUUGCGUACAAACUAUUAUAUUGAUACUGUACCCGGAUCCGCAGUUAGUAUUUUCCUCAUGUCUGGAUAUACAAAUGAGAAUAAAACAUGUACUUGUACACUAAGUGACAAUUGUGUACAUCAAGCUGGUAUUUACAAUCUGACAGGACGUGUAGGCCUACAAAUACCACUUUUAUUUGGUAGUUUAGCUAAUGAUGCACCAUUAUUAUUAACGAUACCUGGUAUUAUGGUUGGAUGUUUACCAUAUAAUUCUAUAUUAGCAUCAAAAUUAGAAUGUUUCUAUAAUCAAUCAUGUAUUGAUCAAAUUCAAAUAUUUAUGAAAGGUUUUUCAUUAGUUAAACCACUUUCAUCAUCUCAUUUCGAAAAAAAUACAACAGUAAAUGAUUUAUUUCAUCAAUUAUUUAUUGAAUCAUGGAAUCCAAUGAUUAAUUUUACUGGUUAUUUUCAUAUAUGUUCUCCAAAUUCAUGUACAUAUUCGUAUAAUCGACGAUUCAAUUUAUUUUAUAUCAUUGUUACUAUCAUAAGUCUUUUUGGUGGUCUUAAGACGAUUUUGUAUUUUUCUACACCGGUAUUAGUGAUAUUCAUACGAAGAAUUCAAAAUUGUAAAAAUGUUCAAAAUACAAAUGAUGAACAUUCAACAAUGAAUCAAACAAAUGAGAGAAAUCAAAAUUUCAAGCAAUGGUUUAGUUUUCAUAUCAGUAAAAUUUAUCAGAAAUAUCUUACAUUAAAUAUGUUUCCAUUGUUAUCUGACAUCAUUGAUGGAAUUUAUUCAACACGUAUUUUUAUUUUAUCACUCAUUAUUGGAGUACUCGUAUUAGUUUUCUAUUCAUCACUUACAGUUUAUAUUCGAAUCAAUAGUGUUUAUCAACCGUCAAUGAAUGAAUAUGAACAAUUAUACAAGCAAUAUUCUUCAACACUUACAUGUCCAUGUACUCGUCUAUCUGUAUCUUAUUCAUCAAUCAUAUAUAUGAAACCUUAUUAUCAUCAAGUAUGUUCAAGUGAUUUCGUUAAAGAUGAUAAGUGGUUACUUUAUUCUCUUGGAAUAGAUGGUUUUAUCAAUAGUCGAGAUUUUCGUAUUAGAACUUCUACAACAUUCUCUAUGCUUCAAAAAUUAUGUAUCUUGUCAAUGGAAGCAGUAACGAAUGAACUUGCUGUUUUUAAUAGUUUACAAUUUGUUAAUAG